GAGGGCCGUGUUGACCGAUUGCGGCCACCAACUGAAUCAUCGAAUGACCAUGAUGCAUGCUAACCGUGGGAUAUUUACUAAAGGAGGGAUAUUUUUUUUUGACAACGUUUCUGUAACCGCAGAAAAGUUGUUAUUUCUGUUAGGUCCAUGCUAAAUAUGUUCUUAGUGGUUUUCAGUGGAUUUUAUUGAGAUGUCUGUCGGGUGGUGGAGAGCCGUCUGCAAGGCGAGGUCUUGGCAUGCCCAGGAUCGCCGUUCCUAUGCGAUGAAGUCCAUAAUUCCCAUAAAAUGGAAUCGCCCUGAGAAAAUCCCCUCAUUCAAACCGGCCAAAAGCGGUGACCUGGAACCCCUGAGGGAAGUGGACAAAAAACUCCCCGUCAUAGAAUUCAGGGACUCCGAGGAGCUGAAGACAGCUAAUGAUCUUGUAAAAAGGCUGUUUAGUUUAGAGUUUGCUCCUUAUAAAAAAACAGUCGAACACUUCAGGGAAGAGUAUCUGAAAGAAGUGAGACGCCACAAUUUAGACACGAUGUCUCCAGAAGUGAGAGUGGCGAAAAUGACUGCUAAUAUAAGGGACAUGCAAAAGUAUGUGGAACUAAGGCCUCAUGACAAAAGGACAAAAGUCAGAUUGAAAGAAUUGGUCGACAAGAGAAAGAGCCUGCUUAAAGAAAUUCGCCAAAUCGAUUAUAAACUUUUUGAGUGGUUGCUCGAAAAAAUGAACAUUCAGUAUAAAUCAUUUCCUGACCCAGAUGAAUACUUGAGAGUCGAGAGGAAAAGAUCGAUACGGUUGCUCACAGAAAAGCAUUGUGAAAAUAUAGUCAAAUCCAAACUCGACGAGUACCAAGAUUCUCUCAAAGCGGAACAAAUAGGUUUUCUCGAAGAGAAAAUCAAAACAUUGAAGUGGAUCAUGAAAGAAGAGGCUGAAUGCAACGUGCCACCAACUGUGACAGAGGAAGAUGUCAGAAACACGGAAAAACAAUUGGAAGAAUUAAAGAAAACCAAGGAAAAAGAAGUCAAAAAUGAAUUAGACCUUGAUGCCUAAUUUUUGCUGAUUGUAUUUGAUUGUAGUUGAAAAUAUAUUUGUUUGAUUACUUUCUA